CAAUAGUGCGGACGAAUUUAAAAUGCAGUACAUGACAGAGUGAGAGUGGGUGAGUCCCCUGGAUUUGGGGUUGUCACUUUAUAGAUGUGUGAGUUUUCAUUCAGUCCAGUUAGUGCACGCGGCUUGAAUCAAAGAUUAGAUGUUCGUUCGAGUUAGCCUAUUUAACGCACCCGCCGGACUUUCUAUCCAAUGGUGUCUACGGUUCAAUGCCCGUUAUUGAGUUUCAGUUUUGUGUAGCGCUUACUUCACCCUUUUGUCCAUUGACAAAUCCCCGAAUUCUUUUUAAAAGAGAGAGCGAGUGAGAAAUCUGCCAUUUACCGUAACAUCUAGAUGAAUCUGAAAGUAGAAUCGUGUGAAGCUAACAUGGAGAAAAGGGCCGUGAAUGUUAAGGAGGAGGACUGUGAAUGGGAGUCUAUCCACCCUAAACAGAAGAGUGUGGGCAUCAAGGAUGAGGAUUGUGAACUGGGUUCGGUGGGAAUUAAAAAAGAAGCCGAAGAGAAGUCUGUUAGUAUUGAGACACACAAAUGUGAAAGUAUGGAGAGUGUCAAGGAAGACCAUCUUCAUUAUCUGUGUCAAAAUGGAUUAGUGUAUUUUCAAAGCAGUCACUGUUCAUCUCUGGAGCCUUCUAUAGAUGUGAAGUCCGAGUCAUUACAGUCUGAUACAAAGAGGACUAAGGAAAUCUUAUCUGUUAGAACUUGGGAAGAUCAGCCACUACCUACAAACAAGUCUGGAAAAAGAAUCCAACCUCACAUGUGUUCUGAAUGUGGAAAACAGUUCUGUUACAAAAGUACUCUUCAGAUACACACUAGAACUCAUACUGGAGAGAAGCCCUAUUGCUGUAAUGAGUGUGGUAAGCAAUUCUGUUACAGAAGUACUCUUCAGAUACACUCCAAAAUUCACACCAGAGAGAAGCCAUAUUGCUGUUCUGAAUGUGGGAAACGAUUCUGUCACAGGAGUAAUCUUAGGAUACAUAUUAGGAUUCACACUGGCGAGAAGUCAUACUGCUGUAAUGAAUGUGGUAAACAAUUCCGUCAAAGGAGUAUUCUUCAGAAUCAUAAAAAAAUUCACUCUGGUGAGAAGCCAUAUUGCUGUUCUCAGUGUGGCAAGCAGUUUUUGAGAAAGAGCCAUCUUCAGAGCCAUAAAAGAAGUCACACUGGGGAGAAGCCAUAUUGCUGUUUGGAAUGCGGGAAACAAUUUUGUGACAGGAGUACUCUCCGGAGACAUAGUAGAAUUCACACUGGAGAGAAGCCAUAUUGCUGUUCUCAGUGUGGCAAAGAGUUUAUGCAAAGGAGCCAUCUUCAGAGCCACAAAAAAAUUCACAUUGGAGAGAAACCAUAUUGCUGUUCAAAAUGCGGCAAAGAGUUUUCGCAAAGCAGUGGACUUAGGACCCAUUCAAGAAUUCACACUGGAGAGAGACCAUUUUGCUGUUCUGAAUGUGGCAAACAAUUCUCACGACUAGGUAAUCUUCAGAGCCAUAAGCGAAUUCACACAGGAGAGAAGCCGUAUUGCUGUUUUGAAUGUGGCAAACAAUUUGGGCAUAUGAUCAGCCUUAAGAGACACUCUACAGUUCACACAGGAGAGAAGGUUUGUUGUUCUGAAUGUGGCAAACUAUUUGCUCAUAUGAUCAGUCUUAAGAGACACUUUACAGUCCAUACACAAGAGAAGGAGGAAGAGUUGAAGGACAGGGAGGAAGCAAUUGCCAUUUACUGUAUUGCCAAGAUGGAUGUGAAAGAGGAGCCAUGUGAGAGUAAAAUAAAUAUCAUGGAGAUGAAGGAUGUGAGUGUUAAGGAGGAGGACUGUAAAUGGGAGUCUGUCGAGUCCAACAUUAAAAAUGAGGAUUAUGAACUGGUGACUGUGGGCAUUAAAGAUGAGGCAGACGAGACACCUGUCAGCAUUGAUAAGCAUAAAUAUAAAAUUAUGGAGCACAUUGACUGCAAACUGAGGUCUGAGUCACUGCAAUCUGACCCAAAGAGUAUGGAGGAAAUAUCACCUGUCAGAACUCGCGAAGAUCAGCCGUCGCUGCUAAAUCAGUCUGAAGAAAGAAACAAACCACACUGCUGUUCUGAAUGUGGCAAACAAUUCUGUCACAGGAGUAACCUUUGGAGGCACAUGAAAAUUCACACUGGAGAGAAGCCACAUUGCUGUUCUGAGUGUGGCCAAGAGUUUUUGCACAGGAGUAGUCUUCUGAGGCACACAAGAAUUCACACAGGAGAGAAGCCAUAUUUCUGUUCAGAUUGUGGCAAACAAUUCUGUUACUUGAGUACUCUUCAGAACCACAAAAGAAUUCACACAGGAGAGAAGCCAUUUUGCUGUGUGGAAUGUGGCAAACAAUUCUUAGACAGGAGUACUCUUCAGAAACAUACUACAAUUCAUAAAGGAGAGAAGCCAUUUUGCUGUUCUGAAUGUGGCAAACAGUUCUCCCAUAAAAGCGGACUUCGAAGCCACAGAAAAAUUCAUACGGGAGAGAAGUCACAUAGCUGCUCUGAAUGUGGCAAACAAUUCUAUGACAGGAGUAGUCUUCAGAGACACAUUAGAAUUCAUACGGGAGAGAAGCCAUAUUUCUGUUCUCAAUGUGGCAAAACGUUUUCGCAAGUGAGCAGUUUUAAGAACCACAAAAACAUUCACAUGGGAGAGAAGCCAUAUAGUUGUUCUGAAUGUGACAAAAAAUUUUUGACGAUGAGUAAUCUUCAGAGUCAUAAAAGAAUUCACACAGGAGAGAAGCCAUUUUGCUGUUCUAAAUGUGGCAAACAAUUUGUGCAUAUGAGCAGCCUUAGGCGACACACUGCAGUUCAUACAGUAGAGAACGAGGAAGCCUUGAAGAAGUAAGUUGACUUAUGAAGGAGAAAGAAAUGGAGAAGGGAGGGAAAUGUAACCCUCCUACCUGCUCAAGUCUUGAUAGUUAGUUUGAGUUGUUGGAAAUCUCAUGAAACUACUCUUAUAGAAAGAUUUUUUAAAAAGUAUUCAUUCUGACCAAACAUCUCCCAGGAUGAAAACAUGCCCACAUUCUACCUCGGCAUUUGGGAAGGUGAUGGUGACAGUGAUUGAGCAAAGUCCUCAGAGAAUAAGACCUCCGAUGUGGUGUCACUCCAGAUCAUCAGUGUUACUGGACCCAAUACUUUGGAACAAGACCGUAAAAGUCCAACUUGAGCAAGAAAUGAAAAGGACUGAACUGUGCAGCGGUCAUAAAGAGAAGAUCAUGUACUGCUACUUUUGCGCAGCAAAUCCAGAAUUUCCAACUAAAGGGUAUGCCAAGAAGACUUGCAGAAAACAGAAAUUCUUGAAAAGUAAUCCCUACAUCCAAAUUAAGUAAGAUAAUUGAUGCAAACCUCAGAUCUCUAAUUGGAAUGAUUAAAGAAAGAAAACGGGUAAGGCACGACAAAUAAAACACCUGUAAAAAAAAAGUAAAAUAUAAAAUAAUACUGAAGAAAUUCAACACCCAGAAAUAACGAGAAGGGUGAUGGGGUUUAUAUAUUCUGACAUGAAAGCAUCAGCAGCCAAAUUAAAUGAAAUAAGAGAAGGUAGGGUAUAUUUGAAAAGAAAUGUACAAAUAAACACCCAAUUACGACAGAAAUACUCUGUAAAUGAUAAUCACGCAGAAGUGGAAUGUCCUCUGAAGCAACCAAUUUUAUAAUAAUGAUAUACACACAAUAAACAAAGACAUUUUGGAGGGGCAUAAAAUGGCAGAGAUAGAAGAACAUUAAAUUGAAAGCAAUGGCAAAAUCAGUAUUUACCUCAACCUGUCCAAAGGCCUCAAGAGACAACAUCACCAGAUUAAGAGUAGAGUGCAAGAAAUAUAAAUAUUAGGAAAUGCCAUUUCCAGAAACUUGCAAAAUCUCAAAAAGAAAUGAAGUAACAAAAGAGAAUAUCACAACAAAACAAACAAGAAAUAAUAAUUCUGCAUACACGUCCAAUAAUAUACAAGAAUCAGUGCUGUCCAAGACUUUGUGUCCUGAGAUCUGAAAGAGCUGUGGUCUUGACUGAAACAGAUUACACAUAAGGAUCAGCAAUCAAAAAUAAGACUUCAAGCUUACCCAAUCCACCUUAAUGAACUAACAUUUAUAGAAAGUAUUUAGCAGUGCAACAAACUAAUAAAUUUAAUACAAAACAGCCUCCAAUUAUAAAGCGUAAACAUUUUGCAAAAGUAAAUGCAAACCAGAUUCUCUCCCUCCUGGUAUGUACAUAUAGUCAGUUCAACUUCCUGGACAGCAUAAGCAAGGAUUUUAAAAAUUGGACAAACAGAAAAGAACAGACAACUGACAAGACCACAGAUACAGUGGGAAAUGUGCUAUCCCAAGUAGACCAGGGACUUACUCUUUUUGUAUGGGUGUGUGUGUCUUUUUUUGGUAUCAUGUUAUUGUCAACUGUUCUAGGGAGACACACAAGUGAGAAUGUCUUUGCACUUUGUAUAAAUGACAUUAAACUUGAUUUUAAUCUUCCAUGCAAAAUUCAACACUAUGUUCACAGUUGGGACUGUGGUCCCCGGCCGGGGCUGGAGCCCGGCCGGGACGCCCAGGAGGAGGAGAGGAGGGCUUGU